AUGUCGUCAACUUAUCAUGAUUAUUAUGAUGGAAGCAAAAUAUUUUUAUUUUUAUCUAAUGCAAUUGGUCUUCCUAUCGAUCUGGUUAAUUUUUUGAUUGCACAACUAGCAGCAUUGUGUGUGGCCAGACUCUUUAGAAAACCAUUAAAAUUAGCUUCACCAGAAUUUCGGCAUUCAUUGUGCCUUAUUAUAGGAUUGCUGAUGGGCUAUUUCUGCUUUGGAAAACAAGCAGUGCACAUAUCGGUUCUACCAAUGCUGAGUUAUUUUUUGCUAAAGAUGGUACCAAAGCAUUUAGCUGGCAACAUUAUUUUAGCAGCUUCCAUGAUAUAUUUAUCAUGUUUGCAUUUACAUCGACAAAUAUAUCACACGGCAGAUUAUACGUUAGAUAUCACAGGCCCAUUAAUGGUGAUAACUCAAAGAGUAACAUCUUUAGCGUAUACAAUACAGGAUAAUUUGACAAAGAGGGAAAUAAACGCCAACUCUCAAGAUAAGGAGUUGUCGAAGUUUGACAAAAUACCUUCACCGCUCGAAUAUUUCGCGUAUACAUUAGCAUUCCAAACAUUGAUGUGUGGGCCAGUUGUGUUUUACUCGGAUUACAUUAGUUUCAUUGAAGGCGAUCGUGUAAACAAAGAAGAAUAUUAUAAAUCAGGUGAUAAGGAGCCGUCCCCUCGUCUGGCAGUUUUAUACAAAGUGGCUGGUUCUGUGACGGCGGCUGUUCUUUACUUAUCCCUCGCGGAACGCUACCCAUUGACUGUACUAGAAGAGCUGCAAGACCCAACGUCUGAAGUAUCUCGAUCGUGGUCCGCUGUGUACCUUUUGUGGUACGCAUAUUUGUCGACGCUUGUUGUAAGAUGCAAGUAUUACCACGCUUGGUUGCUGUCUGAAGCGAUAUGUAACAAUUCCGGAAUGGGUUUCAAUGGCUACGACAACAAUGGGUCACCGAAAUGGGAUAAAAUGUCGAAUGUAGAUGUUUUUGGAUUUGAACUCGCGCAGAACUUCCGCGCGGCGGUGUCCAGCUGGAACAAGAACACGAACGCGUGGCUGCGCGCCGUGGCGUACGAGCGCGGCGCGGCGCGGCGCACGGCGCGCGUGUACGCGCUGUCCGCGCUGUGGCACGGCUUCCACCCCGGCUACUACCUCACCUUCUUCGCCGGCGGACUCUUCACGGUGGCCGCCAAGAAGGUCAGUACUCGGUGCACGGACCACUGUUGGGCUAUAUAUGAGGCGAUCUCGGAAACGGGCCUAACGAUUUCA